UCGCCUUUGACGUUUCUGAUGUCAGCGCUUUGUAUGGAUCCUAAUCUCCUAUCUGUUAAAUGUCCCAGGCUGCCAUGUUGCUAGCCAAUUCUACACAUCUUUCCUUGUGAAGCUCGGCAUGGCGUGCCUCAGAGUCUCAGACUAGAAGGCGUAUAGAGCUAACACGAGUUUUUACAUGUACGACAGCGCAGUCGUAUGACAAUUGGACGAAACAACAUCGGUCAAGCGACGAAAGGUGCGUCGGCUGAGCAAGUCGAGUCGAGUAUCAAGCUUGAACUUACAGUUAAACAAACACGCUACGAACGAAAUCAACAGGAUUCUUUACGAUUUUAUGAUCAUUGUCCAUACUUUAUUGAAACCUUUAAUCGAUACUCUAAUGCAAUAAUAACGCCAAAUCUUUAGCCCUCAUGUCAUCAGAAAAAAUGGCCACCGCUGCUCCUGCGGCGGCGGCACCAACCACCACGACACCUCCCUCGGUCAAACAUAAGAACCCUUCAGUUCCGGUCGUCCUCCAUGAAGCAGGGCUCGAUUCGCCCUCAUUCAGAUCUUCCGCCCUAUAUUUUUCCGAACAAGUAGAUUCUAUCGAACGGUGGCUAGAGAGCUACGUAAGGACGACCGCGAAGCUAUCUCAUGACUUGUUAGGGCUAGAGGAGACUAUCCAUACUUACCUAGCCAAGAUCAUCCCGCCUCCUUAUAUCAACAAUGUAGACAACGACUAUGCCGCCCUGGCGCUUAAGAGGUUCAGUGAGGGCUCGAGGGAAUGGUGGAUGCAGAUCCUGGGCGCUGCAAAGCAAAUGGAUUCAAUGUCGGUCGAGCCGAUUCGGAAUUUCCUCCACGGUGACUUGAGAAAUUUCAAAGAAGCUAGGAGGACAUUAGAGCAAACACAGAAGGCCUUCGACACCACCCUGGCUCGCUACGUGAGCCAGUCCAAGACAAAAGAGCCCUCGUCGUUACGUGAAGACGCUUUUGCCGUAUACGAAACCCGGAAGGCCUACCUAAAGGCCUCCAUGGAUUUCUGCUUCUAUGCGCCCCAGUUCCGAAUCAACCUCGACAAGCUAAUCGUGCAAGUAUCUUACGAUCUCUGGCGCGAGAUGAAGAAGUCGCGGGAUGCCGCAGGAAGCUUCGGAAAAUACGGCCACGAGAUGGAUCGGGUGAGGGGAUGGGCAAAGGAAAUGGAACUAUCCGAGCCUACGUUCAGACGGCAGUUACAGUUAGCACGCAGUGACAUUGGGGAGAGCGCGUUGGCAGCGGUCAAGCCAUCGCGGGAGAUCGAAGACUAUAGCGCAUCAACCGUCCCAUUCUUGGGGUCCAAAGGCCCCUUGAACGUCACCGCUGCCGGACAAUCCGCAGCGAUUAUGGAAAAGCAGGGUUGGCUAUAUUUGCGGACGAUAACUGGCAAGCCUUCCAGAACCAGUUGGACUCGAAGAUGGUACUAUUGUAGGGACGGUAUCUUCGGUUGGCUUGUCAACAGUCCUCAGGGUGUCUUGCAGGGUGACGAGAUCGGUGUUCUUCUCUGCAAUGUGAAACCUUCCGUUGCAGAAGAACGUCGGUUCUGUUUCGAGGUCAAGACCAAGAAUCAGACACUGCUACUGCAGGCCGAAACCCAAGCUCAGCUGAUGGAAUGGCUCGAGGUAUUCGAAGUCGCAAAGAAGAAGGCUUUUGAAGCUAGCGUCAGCAGGGAUAAUUCAUCUUUACCAGGUGGCGUCGAUCCGGCCUUCUCUAUAACGCCUCCUUCGCUUCCAGAAUUCUCAGCGAAAGCGUUGGAUGCGCAGAUCGAGGACGGAGCCAACGCCGACCGGGUUGGGUCUCUCGCAGUCCCUGCACCCGAAGCUGGAUUAAUACCAAGACCGAGCUUUGACCUUACAACAGCCCCUCCUAAACGAUCUGUUACGUCCUUGGCUCGCGAGGAAGGCGAAAGUAGUCGGGAACAUGCUGCAAGGAUUAUGCAGAAACUCGACCUUCAUAGGAGAGCUUUCACUUCAGGUUUGGAUACGGGACCUGUGCCACCACCUGGGUCAAGCGCAGGAAUUGCUGGUCUCAUAUCUGCUAGCCACGGCUUGUUGCCAGCAUAUACCGGAGCAGGUUCCAAGCUUUCGCAGCCAAUGCCGGGCCCAGAAGCACAACCCGGCAGUCUUGCGCCACCCACUUUAGCGAAGCCACCGGCAACGACCAGUCUUAGUAAGACAGUCGUUGUUUAUAGUGGGGAUAGAGUAUUUAAAUCGAGUUCUUCACAGAAUUUGCCGACUGCUAUCUUAGCCAAUUAUUGGGGAAGCAAUGCUUGGGGUCGAGAAUACUCCAGAGCCAGCCGGAGUGAUGUGGAACUUGAAGAUCCGUUUGGGCCUAACUCGCCUACUAUCAAGAUGGUUCCGGUCGGCGAGGGUGAAGAGGCUAGGAGCCCAUCUUCGCAUAAGAAAGCUAUCAGUAUGGAUGCUAGGAUGAACCAGGCGAAGGCUGCUCAACCUGCUGCGGAGAAACCGCCCCCAGAAUCCUUCCCGCCCAACUAUCCCAUAGAACUAAAGACGAACUCGGCCCAGUUCCGUCUCCUUUUCCCGAACGUACCAUUGGAUGAGAAGUUGGUCCUCGUCUUUCGCGCUUCCUGGAUUAGUAAUUCAGAAGACGAUCCUACUAUACCUACGAUGGCUGGCAACGGACGAGUCUACGUCACCUCGGAUAAUAUGUACUUCUACGGCCAUCAGAUGGAUCUUGUUGUGACGUAUACGAUUAGCCUCGACACUAUCUCAGAGGUGACAGCUGCCCCUGGCAGAGACUGCGAUUUCAUUUUCCUUCACCUGAACCAGGGUACAGAUGUCAUCGGAUACACCCGGGUUACAAUCAAGACUUUCCUCGAGGAUCUUGAUCUUCUACAUGCGCGUUUAAACCUUCUAGUCGAUGACCUGCAAGCCGAAGAACCUAUGGAUGUACCUGAACUCAUCAGCGCUCUCAUCGAUCUAGAGAAAGGAGGACCAGACAGAAAAAGUCCAAGUAUGGACAGCUGGGAGGAAAUCUCAGAACAUACCCCUCUUGACGAUGGCACCGCGGCGGGUAGAGCAGUUAGUCCUAGAAACCAUGAUAAAGCCUACGAGUCACGCCGCAAGAGUUCACGGAAGCCACCUCCAAAGUUCCAAAUUCCGACUCACCCAGUAAUCUACGAACCUGAAGGCAUGCAAAGGAAGUGCGCGGAGCGGAAUUUCGAAAUCAGCGCCAAAGCCUGUUUCCACGUCUUAUUUGGAGACAAAAGUUUCAUCUUUCCCAAGCUCUAUUUUGAGACCAGGGCUCAGCAUGUCACUCAGAGUCCUUGGAAGCUGAACGAUGCAGGGAACAUGCAGAGACAGUUUAGUUUUAGUAUCAACUAUACCACGAGAUUAGGCCGCACGAAAGCAGAGGAGCACACGGACGAACAGACAAUCGAAUUAUUCAGCGAUCAUGUCACCUACGUCGUUACUCACACCAAAACACCGUGGCAUCUUCCUCACGCCCACGGUUUUAAAUUGGUGUCUAAGAUAGUCAUUACCCACGUUGCCAAGUCGAAAUGCAAGCUCGCCAUAUUCACAAAAGUCGUGUGGACAAAACCACCUGCCCUCGCCAAGAAUCUAGUCGAGCAGCAAGCUCUAGACGACGCCACCCAAAGCGCCGAAGACCUCGCCGAACUCGCGACCGAUCAGGUACGGAAGCUCGGCCACCACAGCCGCACGAAGCGAGCGAUCCAAGUCUACGGAAACGUCGGACAGCAGACACAGGCGCUAGUGUUCACACCCAACGAAGCGGACAUGGCCAAGAAGACACAAAUCAACCCGCGCACACUCAGCCAGAUGCUCCUCGAAACGCUUCGUUCGUUCGCGGACAGCGUGGCGAGCUCGCUGAUGAUGUGGACGUUCGCGGCAAUCAAGAAGCUCUGGGACGUGAUCACGGCGCAGUACAUUAUUUUGGGGUUGCUCGCCUUCAGCAUGUUCACCAACGUCGUUUUCUCGGGCCAAGGCGCGUCGACGUGGUGGAGCGAGCGGAGCGCCGUCAAUUACAUGAACCGCAUCGGCGUCGGCCCGAACGUGGUGAUGAGCAAGGCGAUCUACAUCGCGGACCUCGACGAGGCGGCGCGCGGCUCGGCGGGUUUGCAAGCGUGGCCCGAAGACAGCUACUGCUACUCGACGUUCCGGUCGAUCGCGAACGGCACGGACGCGGACGCGCCGAGCGAGCAGGCGGGCGCGGCGCUGGCGUGGAGCUCGAGCCGCGCGACGGCGAGGAGGCUCAGGCAGACUCGGCAGAAGCUGGGCAGCUACCGGCACGACCUCAUCGUGGCGAUGCGCACGGUCAACAGCGUGGAGCGCGAGGUCAUGCACGCGGAGUGGGAGAAUUGGUUGCUCGACGAGAACCACCGCUGCGAGCAAGUCGAGGCGGCGCUCGCGAGGUGGGAUGACGAGGGCGCCGCCGGCGCGGAGAGGGGCGGGAUUAGGGGGUGGAUGACGAGGGAUGGGGUUGCGGGGGGGCAGCAGCAGCAGCAGGAGGUUAUUAAGGGGAAGAAAGGAGGUGUUGCUGGGGAGAAGGAGAAGGAGGAGAAAGAGAGGGAGAGGGAUGAGGCGAAGAGGAGGAACUUGCAGAUUUGGCACGAGGAGUACUGCGGUAGCUGUAAGGCCGAUCGCGAGGCGCUGAUCCGGGAGAGGGAGCGGGAGAGUUUGGGGGCUGGUAUGGUUGCUUGGUAGAUGUGAUGUGGUGUGGGGUGGUGUCGUGUGGCGGAGGUGAAGAUUUGUAAGGGGGGAGUGGAAGUGGGAAGUAGAAAAGCGAGAAAGAAAAGAAAAGAAAAGAGGCAAAUAUAAGAUUCAAAGACGAAUCAGGAGAGUAAAGGAGAGGAAACAAAACAAAAAUGUGUAUAAGCAUAAGGUCGCUGCGAGCUCCUCACGGGGCGAGGGAGGUGGGUAUACAUACAUACACACAGCAUAGCUGAUAGAAAAGAGAGGGAAGGAAAAGGUUGUACCAUAUGUAUGAAGCAAGCAUUAGGUUCAAGUAUAUUGUCUAGUAGUACUUACUAAGUAGGUACCUAGUAGGGGAUAAAUAUGAUUGUAAUAGGAAUGAAUACCCGGUUACCUACCUAGUAGCUUUGUUAGUGUGUAUGUUUUCAAGAUCAGUCGUGCUAUAGGACUUCGAGACGUGAUAGAGGUCGCACGUAUUCAUACCUCUUAGGUACCUACUUAGGUACUUAGAGAUGUCUAAAGAGUCUUUCUUAUGGAUAGAACAUGAUUAGAUA